AUGAAGGCUCUCACUGCAGCUUUGAGUGGUGACCGUAGAGGAAUGCCCACGUGGAAUGGAUCAAUUGAGACGCUGAGACCAUGGUUGAGACAACUAUCGUACUGGGAACUUGACAACCAUGUUCCACGACAGCGAUGGGGAAUCAAGUUGCUUCAAAGUUUUGCGGAAGGGAGUGCUCCCAGAAAAAUGGCAGAAGCGUUGGACAUGCCAUCUAUUUUGUCAGAACAUGGCUAUGGCACUAUUCUGUCAGAAAUCCUCAACAAGUACGGACCAUACUUAGAAGCUAUUGGUCCGGCUGCUGUAGACAAUUUGUUCUUUGGAGCUGAGCGAUCACGACAUGAAACUUUUAGCAACUACAUCGCUGCCAAGGAAUUGGCAUUGCAGGAAGUUGAAGCACAGCUUGGGGAAAAGCGUCCACCAAGAAUUGCUGGACGAAUCCUGCUUCGAGGUGCAAAUCUCAGUGAACCCCAACGAGAAAACCUGGCGAUCAAGUACGAUGCUCUUCUCACAUUUGAUCAGAUUGCCACUGCUCUUCGUCCACUCGACAGACCCGAAGCUUUGAUGGGCAAAGUCAAUAAGGCUUACAUGACAAGCCUUGGUGAUGUCCCUCAAUCUGCACAUGACCAUGCCGAGGAGGUCGAAGAUGGUGAGCCCGGUGAUGACCUUUGUGAGGAUGAGCUUCUUGAAGAUGAUGAGCCUGAGUCCGAUGGAGAAGGAAAGUCAAAGGAUGCUAAAGGCCGUGAUCAGUCGAAUCGAAAGCCUCGAGGCACUCCCGAUGAGCUCAUGGCAAAGACCCGAUGUUUCAAGUGCAAUGAGCUGGGACACAUGUCCCGUGAUUGUCCCAAGCGAGAGUCCCAGUCGUUUUUCGUAGCCCAAGGAAUGCAUGGUUCAGUCAAUCGAACCUACAUGACUGUGAAUUCUAAAGCCGUGUCUGAGACAGUUGAAAAAGUAUCAGAUAAGGGUUCGUCAGUUGUGGGUCAUCAGGUGGUCGGUCAUAGGGUUUGCAGCUAUGUCAACAUUUCCAACUCAUUAGAAAGUUCCAUUAGCGUGUAUGCCGGAGUUCGCACCGAAAGCCACGAAGCAGUCGCGGACACAGCAGCUGAAGAAGCCGUGAUCGGAAGUGGGUCGUUUGAACGUUUGCAGAAAGCAUUAGCUCAUUUUGGCCUUCAAGCAGUCCCAGCUGCAGGUGCCACGGUUUCCUGCUCGGGCAUCGGGGGCUCAGCGCGCAUUCACGGAGUUUGGGAUGUACCACUGGGCGUGGCCAAGACCAAUGGUCUUUUGCAUGUGACGGUCAUUGAAGAUCAGAACUCGUUUGAAACGCCAUUUCUUUUGCCAAUCUCAUAUCAGGAACUAGUUGGGGCGACCAUUGACUUGGACAAAGGCAUCUUCAAACUUCGAAACGGUAAGAAAACUUCAAUGAAACGCACACCUACUGGACAUCGUACCAUAUCCAUUUUAGAGUUUGGUGGACCUUGGCCCGACCGGGCAUUUUUGGCGAUCAACGACCUCCCAACCAGUCUCGAGUUUCGCAACCCACGUUUCAAGAUGCGAGCUCGGAUCACGUCAUGGAUCUCCAAAGAAGACCAAGAGACCGACCAAAGCUACGAGAAGAAACCUUCCCAAAUGUCCAGCCAGAAACGUUGCGAUGCGUGGAAAAGAAUGACCCUGAUCAUUUUGAACAUGAUCAUCCAUGCCAACCAGGAACAUGUGGUGCACUACCUCACGAAUCGCAAUGCAGAACUGAUGCUCCAAGAUCAAGAGCGCCUAGCUCAGCGAGUGUCAGCCAAGGUCAAGGGCAAGAACCAGAACAAAGUGAGGCGAGGGAUCGGGCGACCUCUGACUCGAUCCACCGCCUGGAAAACAUGGCGGUUCGAACCUUCCAAAUGCCCACACGAGGAGGACCAGCUUCGCCAACGUGCGGGAGGAGGGCAUCACUGGUGGACUUGUCUGGCUUGUGGCGCUCGUUGGGAGCGUUUGGAAAGUGCAGCCGACGUUAUGGAGAACGCCAAGCUGAAUCAGCCAAAAGGCUCGGCAUCUCCUCAAAUUCUCCCAGCACCAAGGUAUCGGCCAGAUCUUUCUCACUUGGAACUAGUGGAGCAACAAGUGACACCUCCUGGGACCAGCAUCGUGAGAACCAUCAAGGCCGAGAUGAUGAAGGGCAAAAGCAAGGGCAAGACAGGCCCUCCGAAGACAGAAGAGACGGAGACCAAGCUAGUGAAAGUCAAGUCCGAACUGACCAACUCUCGCCGCAGAUCCGCGUCGGCAGGUGUGAGAGCAACUCAGGAAAGAGCCCGUCAGCGGACACCAUCAUUCAAUGGAGAGAUGACAGCCACGGAAGCCUUCGAGAUCCACUCAAGCGAAGGGGAGUCAUGGAGCCCAGUGACUACUCAGCAAAAUCAACCGAUGUCACCCGCCACGUGA